ACAACACCUAGUGCCUGCAUUUUUGCCUGUUUCAGCCGCGACGAUGGCGUCCACGUCCAAAGCACCUCCGCGGCAAGCUGAUGCGGACGGCUCGCAGCUGACCUACAAUGAGACAAUUGACGCUGUCUGCGGAUUCAUCAAGACAGCGAUCCACACGAUCCUCUGUCAUCGUCAGGUGUACCCUCCCAACGUCUUCACUAGAAGGCAGCGUUACCGCGUUCCCGUGUGGGCCUCGCGACAUCCAGGCUUGACGGCUUACAUCGACGAUGUGGUCGGCUCCGCACGCGUCCAGAUUGCAAAGGCAAACAUUAACUCUGUCCACGUCGUGUUGAGCUCCAUCGCGACCCAAAAGGUCCUUGAGCGCUACCGCUUCGACGUCGAUUUCCUCCUAGGCCAUGUUCAGCCACGAGAUCGCAAUCUUAGCAUCCCGGGGAACAUGACGGCAGAGACGAUGGAGUUGCACAUGCGUGCCUUCAUGCAGAAACUCAUCUCGCUCGACGGUGCCCUCUAUGAUGUCGAGGACGUCGAGGAUGUCACGUGGUCCCUUGUCCUCGACAUGAAGCCUGGCAUGGCCCCUGAGACGGACGACAAGCUGGGAAGCGAGCCGAGUCAGGGCCCGUGGAUGCCUCACGAUGACGAUGGGCCGGGUAUGACGACAUUAACUGGGGAGGGAGAGCAUCGAGAGCCUCUGUCGGACUCCGACUCGCUUCGAGCCAAGCCGAAGGCCAAGGAGGCGCAGGAUGAUUCGCUCAUUCUGCCUGUCAAGAGCCUCGAUACUGGCGUUAUCAACCUGAUGCUCUACGUCGAAGAGCAUCCACAGGCCAAGCGGGAGCAGCGUUCCCAAUCGACUCCCAAAAGUAGCAACAGCAACAGCAAUAGCAAUAGCAACAGCAAUAAAGUCAGCAACAGUCGCGACACCCUCGGCAAAAAGACGAAGCGCGCUCCCCUUGCGGCCACUGGUUCCUCGUCGACUUCUGCCUCGCUGCGACCUCAUGCAGUCGAGCGGGAUCUCGACGAGCCACAGCAGCUGCCGACGUCCUCGGGCGCCGUGGCGUCGAGCAAGAUCAAGAAGCGCCGUAAAGUGGCCAUGGGCGGCGUCGGCGGUGGCGCAGGCCAAAAAGAAGAGACGGACACGAGCGAUGAUGAGCAGGACUCGGCCUCGUCGAGGAGCGGGAGCAGCAACGACAGUAUCCGAAGCGUCAACGAUUUCGCGGGCUAUGCAGGAAACGCCGGGGGCGCAGGCAUGGCUGGGACGAGAAUGUGAUUGUGUUGUAUUGUACUGUAUGCUAUAUAGAAAUACAC